AUGCUGCAAAGCAUAGCAAAGAAUUUACAUUCUGAAGUGCAAGCAAAUAGAGAGCAAUUAGUUCUCAAAUUAUUAGGUUUUUGUGUAAAUACACUCAACAGAUCUAAAAGAGAGAUAGAACAUUCCAUAUCAGAUCCUAAUUUAUUUUAUGACGUGAGCAAUGGUAAUAUUCAGACGUACAUAAAUCGUAAGGAUGAACUCGAACGUCAUUUUAAGAACUUUGAUUAUUUAUGGGGUAAAAUCGGGAAGCAACUCUUUUCUAUAAUGGACAUGACAGUUCAUUCCACCACAAUCGCUCAAAAUUUAAAAGAAUUACUCCGACAGAAAAUAGGGGAAAGUAUUUUUAACUUACCUAGCAACAUUAUUACUGUGGAGUUCAAUGGAGAGAAGCUGAAUUUUCAAAUUUUCAUCACCAAAAUUAAGGGAGAUGCUCCUUUCUUACAAAAACUGCUGGGAAAUGCUCUUGUACAAGAGAGAAGUGAACAACAAAGAUAUUUUACGUUUUUAGAUCAAUACCUAUAA